GGCUCCAGAGGCUGCCGCGGGGUGUGCGCGCCGCCAGCGAUGGGCAAGUGGAGCCUGGCGCGGAAGCCCGGCCGCACGCUCGGGGUCCUGCUGCUGCUGCUCCUGGGCUUGCUGGUGCUCCGCAGGUUGGACUGGUAUCGUCUGGUCCCUGUGUGGCUGAGAAACCGGCAGUUGGGGCUGCAGGCCAACGGCCCGCGCUUCACACUGGAGGACUCCACCUUCUGGAUCUUGGGGGGCUCCGUGCACUACUUCCGGGUGCCCCGGGAAUACUGGAGGGACCGCUUGCUGAAGCUGAAGGCCUGUGGCCUGAACACCCUCACCACUUACGUUCCAUGGAACCUGCACGAGCCAGAAAGAGGCAAAUUCGACUUCUCCGGGAACCUGGACAUGGAGGCCUUCGUGCUGCUGGCUGCGGAGAUGGGGCUGUGGGUGAUCCUGCGUCCAGGCCCCUACAUCUGCAGCGAGAUCGACCUCGGGGGCUUGCCCAGCUGGUUACUCCAAGACUCUGGCAUGAGGCUGAGAACGACUUACAAGGGCUUCACCGAAGCAGUGGACCUUUAUUUUGAUCACCUGAUGGCCCGGGUGGUGCCACUCCAGUACAAGCAUGGAGGCCCCAUCAUUGCUGUGCAGGUGGAGAAUGAAUAUGGUUCCUAUAACAAAGACCCUGCCUAUAUGCCUUACAUCAAGAAGGCCUUGGAGGACCGAGGUAUAGUGGAAUUGCUCUUGACUUCAGACAACAAGGAUGGCCUGCAAAAGGGCGUCCUGGAUGGAGCGCUGGCCACCAUCAACCUGCAGUCCCAGCACGAGCUGCAGCUACUGACCAACUUUCUCGUAAGCGUCCAGAGGGUUCAGCCCAGGAUGGUGAUGGAGUACUGGACGGGGUGGUUUGACUCAUGGGGAGGCCCGCACAACAUCCUGGAUUCAUCUGAGGUUCUGAAGACCGUGUCCGCCAUCCUGGACGCUGGCUCCUCCAUCAACCUCUACAUGUUCCACGGGGGAACCAACUUCGGCUUCAUCAAUGGAGCCAUGCACUUCCACGAGUAUAAGUCUGACGUCACCAGCUACGACUACGACGCGGUGCUGACCGAGGCCGGGGACUACACCGCCAAGUACUUCAAGCUCCGGGACUUCUUUGGCUCCCUCUCAGGUGUCCCUCUUCCUCCCCAACCCAGCCUCCUCCCCAAGAUCGCCUAUGAGCCCGUGAGACCGAAUCUGUACCUGUCCCUGUGGGACGCCCUGCAGCACAUGGAGGAGCCCUUCAGUUCCGAGAAGCCGGUCAACAUGGAGAAUCUGCCAGUGAACGACGGGAACGGGCAGUCCUUUGGGUACACGCUGUACGAGACCACCAUCGCCUCGUCGGGUGUCCUCAGUGGUCUUGUGCGUGACCGGGGCCAGGUGUUUGUGAACACAGUGUCUGUAGGAUUCUUGGACUAUGAAAGGAAGAAGAUCGUUAUUCCCUUGGUCCAGGGUUACACCAGGCUGAGGAUCUUGGUGGAGAAUCGCGGGCGAGUCAACUACGGGGACAACAUUGAUGACCAGCGCAAAGGUUUGAUCGGAAACAUCUAUCUCAAUGAUGCUCCCCUGAAAAAAUUCAGGAUCUACAGCUUGGAUAUGAGAAAGAGCUUCUUUCAGAGGUUCAGUGUCGACAAGUGGAGCCCUAUCCCAGAAGCACCCACGUUCCCGGCUUUCUUCCUGGGUGCCCUGUCCAUCUCCCUUUCCCCCUUCGACACCUUCAUGAAGCUGGAGGGCUGGGAGAAGGGGGUCGUCUUCAUCAACGGCCAGAACCUUGGACGCUACUGGAACAUCGGACCCCAAGAGACCCUGUACCUCCCAGGUGCCUGGUUGGACCAAGGCAUCAACCAGGUCAUUGUUUUUGAGGAGAGGAUGGCAGGCCCUGCAAUACAGUUCACCGAGACGCCCCACCUGGGCAGGAGCCAGUACCUGGACUGAGUGGCGCUGGGGACCCACCCGGAGGGCACGCUGCCCCCAUCCACGGCCUGCCACUCUGCUCCUGUGCACCCCCCGCAUGCCCCCUGCACACCCCAUGCAGUGGAGCUUCCUCCAGCAGCACCUGCAGGGGCCAGGGGCCGCAGCUGGGCCCACUGGUUCCCGUCAAGACCCUGGGCCUAGAGGGAUGGGCAGGACGGAGGGACCCCUUGUUACCUAAGGCUCUGCGGCUGGCCUUUUCCUAUUUCUCUUUGGGGGAGGACGGAGGGGUGCAGCCCUGGGGGCAGGAACGUCUCCGAUGUCCCCGGGAUGACGCCUGGGGCCCUCCGUCGGGCGGGACCUCCAGACCCAGUGGCUCCUGUGCUCUCACCUGUGCUCCCCCAUGCUCUCCUGGCCCGUUUCCAUCUGAAGGCAGAGGAGAGGGGCUGGGGAAGGGCGCGGGUGCUCCCCUGAGCCACACUGCUGCUCAGCCUGCCCCAGGCCACCUCUGGGAUCCGGGAGGAAACUGCGCAGAGAAAACACACACGUUCUCUCCCCUCAUUUCUGCUCCAACUGCAUCUGACGAGAGGACAAGCAGGCUCAGCAGAAACAGAAAUACCCCGGGUUAGCGAGGAUUUCCGGUUUUACUCUGAGCAGAAGCGGCCGUGGAGGAUGGAGCGCGGACCCCGUAGGAAGCUCCGCCGGCUGGGAGGCCGCCCCGGGGACGGCAGGCAGCCUCGGGUGUCGCUGUAGCCACGGGGCCCCCAGGCCUAGCCCACGCCUUGCCUCCGGCUCGGGGUCCCCCCCUUAGGCUCCUGGGGCUAAGCGGUGGGCGGAGAGGCCUUCGCGGUCGUCUGUCCCAAUUCCAGGUGCUCCUUCUAGGGACUGAGCCCCCGGCAGCUCGGGCUCACCAUCCUGACUUGCAGUAAAGCAGCAGAGUUGAAUCAGA